CUGAAAUUGAGGAUAUCAAUAUUCAACUGGUAAUGGGCUCACUUUAACUUCGACAAAUCCAGUUGUGUAGGCUAUCCUUUACGCAUCAUUUCUCGUGGCCAUGUAAAGGAACAGCGCAGUUUUUUACGACAGGAUGAUGCCGGGACACGGAAGUCCUGGAACCCCUUCCAUCACUAAAUGAUACUGCUGAUCACGAACGUCGGACAAUGACACCCGCCAUUUCAACCUUCGCCUGACAUGUUGCUUCAUCGAUCGACUAACGUUUGAAUUUGAUUUUUCUAGGCUUUCCUUGUAGGCUAAACGUUAUUGAACCAGACGUAACCGGCUUCGCUUUGUUUCGGGAAAAUAAAAGAAAAUCAAAAUUUAAUGUGUAGAGUUUUAAACGGCACCUUAAAAGUAGUGAGGCUCGUGACGUGAGAAGAUCGUGACAAAGCACGUGCUUUUUUCCAUUUUUCCACCAAACAGGUUUUUUCACACAUCACAAGGUCAGCCCUUUGUAAAAAGGCUUCGGGCUAGAAAAUCAAAAUAAGAUCCUCGGACCAACACACACACACACACGGAUAGAAAAGAAAAACGAAAGGCCUACAAGUAGAAUGUCUUCCCGUCAUUCAACGAUGCUGAAAGAGGCCGUCGGGGUUUUCUCCAUCCUCAUUUUAAUGGCUACCGGUAUUCUGGCCAGUGGCGGCUCGCAUCAUUGGGCUUAUUCCGGAGAGGACGAUCCGUCCCAUUGGUACAAUUUCUACGAUUUGUGCAGUGGGAACAAACAGUCGCCGAUCGACAUCGUCCCAUCCACAGCCAAGCCCCAAAACUUCCUGCCCAUCCAUCUGGGAAAUUACGAUACGAUUGGCAAGUCCUUUACGCUGAUCAAUAACGGACACACGGUUUUGUUGAGUUUGCCGAAAAAUUACGCCGACUACCGGAUGCCGUUCGUCAGAGACGGGGGUCUCACUAAUCAGUUCAUCUUCGCCCAACUGCACUUCCACUGGGGAGCCGAGGGUGACCGUGGCAGCGAGCACACCGUCAACAACAAACAUUACGCCGCCGAAUUGCAUUUCGUCCAUUUCAACAAAAAGUACGGCAGUUUAGGCAACGCAACUUCGCAUCCGGACGGACUGGCCGUCCUCGGAGUCUUUGUCGAGACGUCCAAGGAGGAUAAUCCGGCUUUCGACCCCAUCACGUCGGUCCUGGAUCACGUGGUGCACGAAGGGCACGAAUGGGAGUUGAACGAGACUCUGUCGUUGCGCGACCUCCUGCCGGAAUCGCUUUCCAAGUUUUACCGCUACAUGGGCUCGCUGACUACGCCCGGCUGCCAAGAAAUCGUCGUCUGGACCGUCUUUGCCGACCCCAUCACGGCCUCUGAAAGCCAGUUGGCCGAGUUCAGGCAAUUGCUUGGCGAAGACGGAGAAAUUCUAGUCAACAACUAUCGACCGGCGCAGCCGUUGAUGGGGCGCACCGUUCACGUCCGAUCCUCUUCCACCAAGAUGAUCGCUUCCUUGGUCGCCUUCCUUCUGCCCAUCGUCGCUGUUUUGGCUCUGUAAUUUAACGAUAACAAGAAACUUUAGCCAAAGGCCAAAGGGCCUCCAACAUCGCAAACUAGUAGUCGAUGGUCCGUUAAAAAAUAAUAAAUGAAACCGCCAAACAACACGAAAAAACCCCAAGGGAAAAAAAAGAAAAAAAAGAUGCCCUUAAAAUCAUUUCAACUUUGCAAUCAAAACACUUUGUAAAUUGGUUAAGGAGGAGCCAAUAGUGGCCUGCGCAUAUACCCCUCUCCCCCAUUUCCGACAACACCGAAACCGUCGUGUCACGCUACUUUAAUCAGGUUCUCAAUAUUUUUCAAAAAAAAAACAAACUAGUAUUUCAAAUUUAAAAGACAGGGGGAAUCUUUUCCCUCAACAAUUCAUCGCCAUCGUGAAACUGCUUUGGAGCUUGAAAUUGAUUAGCUCCAAGUUUUUGUACAUAAAUAAUUAUCGAAUUCUUUAUCCGUUUGACUGUUUUCCUUAACCCAAUAGUGAUAUUAGAUGGUGAUCUAACAAAUAGCUGGACAAGGAAUUCAAAGACAAGGCGAUCAGAGAAUUCUGCGUCUCUUUUUAGUGAUUGAAAACAAAAAUCGAUUCAUUUCAAGUUUAAAAUUUGGACAAAACGAUAUGUAAAAAAAAAAUUAAUUUAAAAAGAAAAAAAAAGUGAAACCCUUACCGGUUAGGCUCAAGGUAGAUGUGUAGUGUCUGCACAAUCUUGAUUAUUACCAUCCUUCCAAGUUCCAACGCGAUUUAAAAAAUAAUACUAACCUCCAAAACGUUGCGCGUGACAAGUCCUUUUUCCUAUUCAUUUUUCUUUCUUUUUUCAAGAAAAUCCGAAAUGGUUCAUUUAGAGUUUUCUUGACUUGACCCGUCCUUUUAAAUUCAUUUUGACUUUUAUUUUCGUUUUGAAUAAUUUGACGUUGACUGUGUCGGAGACAAUGCACAAUGAGUCGCAGAGAAGAUGUUAAGAACUGUGCUGAACACAAGUGGCCAAUGAUUCUUCCCAUGUAUUAAAUGCAUCCUGUUGUUGAGUACACUGGGUCAAAAUCUUGUAUAGACCUUUAAAAAACGAUAAUAUAUAUAUAUGUAAAUAGAAGACUAAAAAAAAGACCCUCUUCCCCACACAUCUCUCCUGUCCGUUAUUCUAUCCCAUAUGAAAUUUCAAAAGUGAUUGACGACGUGUUUUGAUUCCAUUCUCUUCUGAUUGAUUAUGAAAUAAAAGCCGUCAAAAAUAUA